GUGACCGCAGGUGGCGGCGGUGGGGUGGGCGGGGCGGCCCUGAGUCACCCGCGCGCCCUCGCCCGGCCUCGCGCCUCUGCUGCCGUCCAGAGUGCGCCCCGCUCCGCUCCGCCCGCGUCCACUCGGUUGCUCAUGGGCAGAGGAGCAGAGGCCGCGGAGAGGCCCCCGAGCGCGCGGUGCCCCAACCGGGUCGGAGCUAGGAACCGGACCUUGCCCACCCACCCCCGGCAGCAGUGCCCGGGCAGGCGGCACCAUGGCCUUCUCCCAGGUGCAGUGUCUGGACGACAACCACGUGAACUGGCGCUCCAGCGAGUCCAAGCCCGAGUUCUUCUACAGCGAGGAGCAGCGGCUGGCGCUGGAGGCCCUAGUGGCCCGCGGUCGGGACGGCUUCUACGAGGUGCUCAAGCGGGAGAACAUCCGUGACUUCCUCUCGGAGCUGGAGCUCAAGCGCAUCCUGGAGACUAUCGAGGUGUACGACCCGGGCUCUGAGGACCCUCGGGGCACGGGCCCCUCCCAGGGGCCCGAGGACAACAGGGUCGGUGACGGCGAGGAAGCCAGCGGGGUGGAUGGGGUCCCCACCGAGGCCGAGCCGCUGCCCUCCCUGGAGUACUGGCCACAGAAGUCGGACCGCUCCAUCCCGCAGCUGGACCUGGGCUGGCCCGACACCAUCGCCUACCGCGGCGUGACCCGGGCCAGCGUCUACAUGCAGCCCCCCAUAGACGGGCAGGCCCACAUCAAAGAGGUGGUGCGGAAGAUGAUCAGCCAGGCGCAGAAGGUGAUAGCUGUGGUCAUGGACAUGUUCACCGAUGUGGACAUCUUCAAGGACCUGCUGGAUGCCGGCUUCAAGAGGAAAGUGGCUGUGUACAUCAUCGUGGAUGAGAGCAACGUCAAGUACUUCCUGCACAUGUGUGAGCGGGCCCGCAUGCACCUGGGGCACCUCAAGAAUCUCAGAGUACGGAGCAGCGGGGGAACCGAGUUCUUCACUCGGUCGGCAACCAAGUUCAAGGGUGCCCUGGCCCAGAAAUUCAUGUUUGUGGAUGGAGACCGGGCUGUGUGCGGCUCCUACAGCUUCACCUGGUCGGCCUCGAGGACGGACCGGAACGUGAUCUCCGUGCUGUCUGGCCAGGUGGUGGAGAUGUUUGACCGGCAGUUCCAGGAGCUAUACCUCAUGUCACACAGCGUCAGCCUCAAGGGCAUCCCCAUGGAGAAGGAGCCGGAGCCAGAGCCUAUUGUGCUGCCCUCUGUGGUCCCCCUGGUGCCCUCGGGCACUGUAGCCAAGAAAUUUGUCAACCCCAAGUAUGCACUGGUCAAAGCCAAGAGCGUCGACGAGAUUGCCAAGAUCUCCUCUGAGAAGCAGGAGGCCAAGAAGCCCCCAGGGCUGCAGGGCAUGGCAUUGGCCGAGCGCCCAGGGGAUCUCCCCGAGCUGCCGCCGCCCGUCCACCCGGGGCUGCUCCACCUGGAGAAGGCCAACAUGUUUGAGUACCUGCCCACGUGGGUAGAGCCAGACCCGGAGCCUGGCAGCGACAUCCUGGGCUACAUCAAUAUCAUUGAUCCCAACAUCUGGAACCCCCAGCCCAGCCAGAUGAACCGCAUCAAGAUCCGUGACACUUCCCAGGCCAGUGCCCAGCACCAGCUGUGGAAGCAGAGCCAGGACAGCAGGCCUCAUCCAGAGCCUCACCCUCCCCAAGAGCCUGGUGCCCCCCAGGACGGUGUCCCAGAUGAGAACGGCCUCCCCCAGGGGAACCCUGAGCCAUCCCCCCCCGUGCCCAAGCCCCGGACAGUCCCUGUGGCAGACGUACUAGCCCAGGACAGCAGUGGUAUUGGCUGGGCCCUGGAGACCCCCAAAGAGGAGGCUCCCCAGAAUGGGACAGACCAUGGGCUACCCAGGAUGGCAGGCCUAGGCCACACCCCGCUCCAGCGGCAGCUGUCUGGGACUGAGGAUGACCCUGACGGCCUCGGGGUGGGGGUCCCCAAUGGGCUGGAUGGGGUGGAAGAGGAAGAUGAUGAUGACUACGUAACCCUCAGUGACCAGGACAGCCACUCAGGCAGCUCCAGCCGUGGCCCUGGACCUCGGAGGCUCUCCGUGGCCUCUUCCUCCAUGUCAGAGGAGUACUUUGAGGUGAGAGAGCACUCAGCCCCUCUUCGGAGGCGCCACUCAGAGCAGGUGGCCAACGGGCCAAUCCCGCCACCACGCCGGCAGCUGAGUGCCCCCCACAUAACCCGAGGGACCUUUUCUGGACCCCUGGGUGGCUCCCCAUGGGCCCAGAGUCGGGGGAGAGAAGAAGCUGAUGCGUCGAAGAGGAUACAGGCCCAGCACUCCAUAGACAAGGAGGCACAGGGCCAGCAGUUCCACCAUCACGGGGUCUCUGCCUCAGGGACUAGGGAUAAAGAUGGCCUCCCAGGACCCCCUAGGUACCACUCUGCUGCUGAUGGCGUCCAGAGGUCUACCAGAAACACGGGCCCAGCCAUGGCCGGCCUCCGCCACUGGCAGGCCAAGGGAGGCCAGGGACCCCGCCUGCUGCCAGAUCUUGGCAGCCCAAGACUAGCCCGAAAUGCCCGCCCCCUGACUGAUGGCAGGGCCACUGAGGAGCAUCCGAGUCCCUUUGGAAUACCGUACUCCAAACUGUCUCAGUCGAAGCACCUCAAGACCAGGACGGGUGGUAGCCAAUGGGCCUCAUCGGAUUCUAAACGGAGGGCUCAAGCCCCCCGGGACCACAAGGACCCCUAGCAGCCUGUUCCAGCCUGGAGCCACACCUUCUGAGGGCCCAGCCCAGACUCAUGGUGCAGAGGGCAGAUAGGCCACCUGGGCCUGCCAGAGACCGCUGGGACAGCAGGAAGGUGGGAUGGGCAGGCGACAUUGGCACUCACCUGGUCGGUGCACCAGUACCAGGUGGCCAUGAUGGUCAGGCCGAAGGUCAUCCCAGUCCACGGCAGGUCCCCUGUGUGGGGGUCUCGAAACAUGUGCAUGGCGUCUGCACGCGGCAGGUGGCAGGUGGUGUUGGCAAUGGUCCUGGAGGGAAUGGCCUGGGCGUAGGCUGCUUCCAGCUCCCCGUAACCGCCGAUCUGGUCAAAAGCUGGAGGGGUCGGGAUGGGACACGGAGGGUUUGGUGUUUGGGCUCCCGUGUGCCUGGGCCCUGACUCCCUGGGCUCCCUUUGCCUUCGUCUCACAAGAAACUUGCAGAUGCAUCAAGCUUGAGUUUUCCUACCUCAUCGUUUCCAGUUUGGAAAGGUAUGACGGUAGAGGGUUUUUUUUAAAAGGUGAAUUUGAAUGACUAUUUUAUUUGUAUUUAAAAUAAUACUGUUAAGUGAGCAUUUUGCACAUGGACACCCCAGGGUCCUGCUGGCCCGGCAGGAGUCCCUGCUGGCCUGUGGACACCCAUCGGGCCUUGGGCAAAGCUUCUCAGCCAGGUUUCCGAUUUUCGAUUCAAGGAAGCAAAAGUAGUUUUUCUUGGCAUUCAAGGACCUUCCUGAGGCUUCUCAAGUGUUCAUCCUGACCCGGGGCACCUGAAGGGUGUGAUUUUAGCAGAGCUGAGAGUGGCUGGUGGUGACGUGGCCCCAGCCCCCAGAGGCACAGAGAAGACAGACAGAGGUCCAGAGAAGGGUGGGGACUCCACCAAGUCCACACAGCCCUUCUGGCAGGGUCAAGCCCAGAACACCUCACUGUCCUGUCUACCUCAGGGUCAAGGCCCUGCACGGCCAAGCCCUGCCCGUCUAUGUUGGUGUCACUCACCUCCCUUCCAGACUGCGCCUGGCUGCUGGGAUGCCUCUCAGGCAGUGGGUUCCAGGGACACCAGAGCCCCUGGUCUGGAAGGGAGAAGCCUGGAUGUGGGAAAACCCCUGUUCCCACCCCAGACUCCACUCCCUGGCCUUUUCCAAGUGGGACAUGGAAGAGGUAGCCUGCUGCUUGGACGCUGGUCCUCCUGGAAUCACUGUCCCCAUGGAGCCCAGGCCAGGCUCUGUAUUCAGACUGAGAGUUCAUGUGAGGCUCAGAGCAAAUGACCAGUGCCAUUCAAGGGUUAGAAACUGCUCAACCACAGGGUCUCUGAGUCUGGAUGAGUCUUUGAAGAUUUGUUCACUGUCUGCGGGCUCCUCCUGGCACUGCUUACAUACUUCUAGGGAUGGUGAGCUCACUCUCCGGGCAGCCCUGUGAGCUUACUGUCUGUUCCAGACUAAUAUCACCACUCUCCAAGCUCUCUCCUUUCUUCCCUGGCCUUUGUCCUGCAGGAGGUAGCAUCAGCUCUUGGGAUUUUGUCCAUGCUUUUAAACAGUUGGAGGAGCUGCCCAGGCAGUUUUGUGGUCUCCCAGUUGUGUGCCUCACACCCGCCUCCAGCCCCACCUCACCAGCAAUUGCGGGUGUGGCUGGCCCUGAGGUCCUGAGUCAGCUCCUUGCCAGGGCCAGAGCUGGUAACAGCGGGGCAGUGGGGUGGGUAGCCUCUACCAGCCUGGGGGCUGACUGCCUAGUGGCUCAACCUCCUGAGCCUACCCACCCAGCAAUGCCACCCAGAGCCCCAAUAGCAGGAGUCCUGCAGAGUGCAGGGCAGUGCCAGACUCCACAGGGCUGGCUGUGGGGACAGCCCCGCCAUGGCCACAGACCCUAUCCUCACCUUUGACCGUCAGGAUGAUAGCCCCCACCAGCAUGAUGAGUGUCUGCAGGGCGUCCGUGUAGAUGACAGCAGCCAGGCCCCCUGCAGGUGGAAGCAAGGUUGCUGGAGGGGCCCUGGGUCCAGGGAGGGGGGCGCAAGGAGGGACUUCCAGGGUUCCUGCUGGGGCCAUCCCCCGGGCUGCUCCCUCGGGCCUGGAGGGGGAAGUGGCCUUCUGUCCCCUUUAUGCAUCCCCUGGUUGGCCUUCCCUGCUGUAGGUGCCAUACCUGCGAUGGUGUACAGGGCUGUGAUGGCGAGCGUGAGGACGGUGGAGAGGUAGAAGUUCCAGCCCAGGCAGAUGUGCACGAACAGAGCCCCUGCGUACAGGUCCAGCUGCAGAGGGAGAGGGCCUUGUGUGUAUAGCUGUGGUCGAUGUUAGACCCAGGGCUCCAGCAAGCCACUCCCUGGGUGACCUCAGGCAGGGCCCCCUCUGGGCCUCAGUGGCCUGUGGAUGAGGGGAUGAGACCCCCACUCGCCUGCCUGCAUCUCGGGGGCCAUUGUGAGGCUGGAGGAAGAACUGGCCAUGGAGAAGCUGCAGGCUGCGUGCGGAUAUCAGGGACGCUACUGUUACUAAUAAAGUCCAAAGUGGCCAACGCCCUUC